GAGAAGAUGUGUUUGCUCCAGACCAGAUGAGAAGGAUGGACCACAGGACAGGCUGGAGAGUGGUGCUGCCUGAUUUUCACUCAGCGAAGACAGGACUCCUGUACUGAAGACUCAGUGAGUACCAUGAUGACGUCCCCACCGCUCCGCUCCAGCACCACCCUCUUCAGUUUCCAACCAAGACGACGAGGAUCAUCCCGACUCGACCUGAACAGAGGAGGUUUUUCACUAUGUGCUUCUUCUGUACUGAAUGAAGAGAAGCGAAACCUGGAGCUCGGAGGCCAUGUGGGGUUUGACAGUCUUCCAGAUCAGCUGGUCAGCAAAUCAGUUGCUCAGGGAUUCUGCUUCAACAUCCUCUGUGUGGGCGAGACAGGGAUUGGUAAGUCAACGCUGAUGAACACUCUUUUCAACACAACGUUUGAAAAUGAGGAAGGCAGCCACUAUGAGAGCGAGGUACAUCUACGCCCCCAAACCUAUGAUCUGCAGGAGAGCAAUGUCAACCUCAAGCUGACCAUCGUGCACACUGUAGGGUUUGGAGACCAGAUCAACAAAGAAGAAAGCUAUAAACCCAUUCUUGAGUAUAUUGAUGCUCAGUUUGAGAAGUUCCUUGAGGAAGAGCUGAAAAUAAAACGUUCCUUGUAUAACUACCAUGACACAAGAAUCCACAUCUGCCUGUAUUUCAUCGCUCCCACCGGACACUCCCUGAAGUCCCUGGAUCUCGUCACGAUGAAGAAACUGGACAGCAAGGUCAACAUCAUCCCCGUCAUUGCGAAGGCAGACACAGUAUCCAAGAGCGAGCUGGACAAAUUAAAGAUCAAGAUCAUGAGUGAGCUGGUCAGCAACGGAGUGCAGAUCUAUCAGUUCCCCACUGAGGACGAGGCUGUCGCAGAGAUCAACUCCUCCAUGAAUACACAUCUCCCCUUUGCUGUGGUGGGAAGCGUAGAAGACGUUAAAGUAGGAAAUAAGAUGGUGAAAGCAAGACUGUACCCCUGGGGAUCAGUACAGGUGGAGAAUGAAAACCACUGUGAUUUUGUGAAGCUGAGGGAGAUGCUGUUGCGUGUGAACAUGGAGGAUCUCCGGGAGCAAACACACGCUCGUCACUAUGAACUCUACCGUCGCUGCAAGCUGGAAGAGAUGGGCUUCAAGGACACAGACCCGGACAGCCAGUCGUUCAGCCUCCAGGAGACAUAUGAAGCCAAGAGGAAAGAGUUCCUUGUGGAGCUGCAGCGCAAAGAGGAAGAAAUGAGGCAGAUGUUUGUCAACAAAGUGAAGGAGACAGAGGCAGAGCUCAAAGAAAAGGAAAAAGAGCUUCAUGAGAGGUUUGAGCAGCUCAAGAGGAUGCACCAGGAUGAAAAGAAGAAUCUGGAGGAGAAAAGACGAGAGCUGGAGGAGGAGAUGAACGCUUUCAACAGAAGAAAGGUUGCAGCUGAGACAUUGAUGGGACAGGCACUCCAAGGCUGCUCACAACAGCCGUUCAAGAAGGACAAGGACAAGAAGAACUUCUUUAGUCUUCCAUCUGCGUGCUCCUUAACCUCAGGAAGGAAUUUGAAUUAGAAGACUUUCUACCACGUCAAAAGAUCACAGACUAACAAUCGAGUGUAUUAUUUUUACAAUGUGAAAUAACAGUUUUAUAGAAAUGCACUUAACAUCCCUGGAAAUGAGUCAGUCUGCAGUCUUCCAUGUCUACUAAACUCUCCCUCAAGCUUUUAAGCAGUGCUCUGUAGCAUGGUCUCUGCAUGGAUCUUAACCUUCAUUCCUUCAAAUAUUAAAAAGCCUUCAUUGCCAAAAUUUAAGUUUUUGUACUAAAUGUGCUAAAUUCUGUCAUCUGCCAUGUUAUGCUUGUAGUUUUUGACUGAUGACAAUUUACACUGUGAAAUAUAUAUUAUAGUGACAUGAUAUUGCUGUUAGAGGUUUUAUGGAUUGAACAUAUUAUGAUUUAUAAGCACUUUAAAUCAAUCAUAGUAUAUCUUUAAUCAUUAUAAAGGUGCCCUGUCAUGCUUACAUGUCAGCCCCUAUGUUGUGUCUAAAAAAUCUAGAUGUAAGUAUUUCCUAGUUUUAAAUUUUAAAACAUAUAUACUGCUGUUACAUGAAAAAAACCUGGAUGUAUAUAAAUUCCGGAUUAAAUCUCUUAAUGUCAGUAGAUCUGUAUAGUGGGUCUGCCCGCCUGCAGAUUUGUAUAUCCUUGUGUAAUAAAGAGUUACUUUAUUGAAAA